AUGGAACAAGGAAUUGAAUAAUUAGGAUUCAGUAAUCGAAAUAGAUAAGUGGGAUAGAUAGUGAGUAGUGGAAAGAAGAAGAGUAAGAGUAAUGAUGAGGGAUAGAAGAUAAUAAGAUUGGAUAAAUUGAGAUAGUAGAUUGUGAGUUUGGAAAUUGAAACUAAGAAGCCAAAGUUGAAAUUGAAGAAACUAAAUAGUGAGAACAUGUUAUUGAUGGAGAAACAACAGUUGGAGGAUGACAUAAAAGAUAUAAGUUAGAGAUUAGAGAAAAUGAAAUAGAACAAGAUAGUGAGUAAAUAGUAAUAGUGUGAUUUGUUAUAGGAUAAAUAGGUAUGAACAAAUGAAAUUUGUAAAUAGGAUUUCGAGUAAAGGUGGAAUAACAUUUAGAAGGAGGAUGAAAUUUAAAGUUUUUAGGAAAGAAUGCAAAGUACUUUAUUGUUGAUAAUAUUCUUUAUUUGAUACUAGCUCUACUCAAUGAGGAGUAGGAACCAAGCAAUCAUGAUAUUGAGAUCUUGACCAAAGAAGUUGAAGAACUAUUGUGUUUCAAAAUAGAGGAUGAACCAACUAAGUACGAUCUAUUCAUUAUAGAGGAAGAACAAUAAGAUUAAUCUUUUACUUGA